CACAGAGAACGCACGUGCAAAGCUGCAACACCUGACUGCUGCGCGCCUGUCAACGCGGAAGUGCAACUGCUUUGUGCUCUUUUGCAGUCAUUCACGAGCAGAAAGCAGAGAUGAGUAUCUCAAACAUAUGUGUUAUCUCAGCUUUGGCGUUAUUGACUCGAGCCUGUGCGUUGGAUAACGGCCUGGCGUUAACUCCCAUCAUGGGCUGGUUGCACUGGGAGAGAUUCAUGUGCAACAUCGACUGUGAUGCGGACCCGCAAAACUGCAUUAGAGAGGAGCUGUUCAUGGAGAUGGCAGAUGUGAUGGUGAAGGAGGGAUGGAAGGAUGCUGGAUAUGAGUAUGUGUGCAUUGAUGACUGCUGGCCCUUACACAAAAGGGAUGCCCAGGGACGUCUGCAAGCCGAUCCCAAAAGGUUUCCUAGUGGGAUCAAAAAAUUGGCUGAUUAUGUUCAUGCCAGAGGUCUGAAGCUGGGAAUAUAUGCAGAUGUGGGCACAUACACAUGUGCACACUACCCGGGAAGUUUGGGUUACUAUGACAUUGAUGCAAAAACCUUUGCGGAGUGGGGCGUAGAUUUGUUAAAAUUUGAUGGAUGCUAUAUGCCUGAUUGGCAUCAGCUUGGAGAAGGCUAUACAAACAUGUCGAGAGCUUUAAACCAGACCGGCAGAGGAAUUGUGUACUCCUGUGAAUGGCCAUUAUAUGAGUGGAAGUAUCAGCAGCCUGAUUAUGAGGCUAUUCGCAAGACCUGUAACAACUGGCGAAACUAUGAAGACAUCUAUGACCAGUGGACAAGUGUGAAAACCAUCCUGGACUGGACAGCUGAUCAUCAGAAGAUCCUGGUACCAAUGGCUGGACCUGGUGGAUGGAAUGACCCUGAUAUGCUGAUCAUAGGGAACUUUGGCCUGAGCCAUGAUCAACAGCAGACUCAGAUGGCCUUGUGGGCUAUUAUGGCAGCCCCACUUCUGAUGUCCAAUGACCUUCGAAACAUCUGCCCCAAAGCCAAAGAACUACUGCAAAACAAACAGAUCAUUGCCAUCAGCCAGGACCCUCUGGGCCAACAGGGCUAUCAAACUAUCAAGGUUGACAAUUUUGAGGUAUGGGAACGACCCUUGUCACGUAACAGACUGACCCUGGCAGUGAUAAAUAGACAGGAGAUCGGCGGCUCACGCAGAUUCAUCAUUUCUUUGGCGACGCUGCCUAGUUGGCAGCUCUGUAAUCCAAAGUGCAAUGUAACGCAGAUCCUGCCCAUGUACAAGGAAAUGGGUGUCCAGGAUCUCUUGUCAGAAGUGGUGGUCCAAGUCAAUCCAACAGGAACAACGCUUCUCACUGUUAACCCUCUGAAAGGCAACAGCCUGUAAAAUUACUUAAAAAAGUGAACCAAAACCAAGGAAGUUUAAGCAGAGAAAAGGGAAACUUACUAAUGUGAUGGAGUUGCAGUUGCUGAUUGAAAUACACAGAAUCGGGUUUCGACAUUUUAUUUAAAGUAUGCAUUUAGGAAUUACAAGAUGUUAGAUAUCAUUUUAUAGACGGUUUCAGCAGAAACAACAUAAACAAGCGGCUGUCGUGGUCUCUGCUAAGAAUAAAUGACAAAGUUCUUUAAACGUAGUUUAUUUAUAUAACAAACAAAAACAACACAUAGAUUACAUAGGAAACCAAACCAUUUGUUAUUUUCGACGAGGCAUUUGUUCAAGAGAUCAGUUUAGCAAAGUCAGACCAUUAAAAAAAACGAAACCGGAAGUAAAGUUCGGAUCCAGACGUUUCAGCGCACGUGCGAUAAAACCGCCUAUGCUGAAUAUUAAACUGAUUCACAAAGCACUUUAACUCAAAUAAAUAAUCACUUUUUCUGAUUAAUCACUACUCAGUAGUAUUUUACUAAAUACUUACUAUAGCCUACCAACAGAACUCAUCAUCAUACUGUACAUCCAUCCAUGUAGCUACUGUGAUUUGAAGAAAUUGUACCGCCAAACUUUGUAACUGACCUCAGGGAGUUUUUAUUUGACAUUUUUUAAGAGUUGCGUCUUGUUUGGAAAAUCAAAUAAAGGAUUUGUGAACAAUUUAUUGGUAUUUUACUACUUUAAUAAGCACAUACUCAAAAUACUACUCAGUUGCUAUUUUCUUAUUAGGCUAUAUUAUGAUAUUGCUAUUAAA